GCAGAUGACCUUACUCCAAUCUAUUGAUUAUAAAUGACUACCGUCACAGUUACACACUCACAUAAGUAAACUUGUUUGAAAAGGGGUUGGUAAAAAAAGAAGAAAACAUGUUUCAAGAGGAGAAGAGAAAAACAAAUUAUGGAGCAAUAUUCUUGGUUUGCUUCUUUUGUUGUUUCUUUGCGUUCCAAUUCAUGAAACUCGUAACAACACAACCUCCAACUACAACAUCAUCCAUUUCCGUUAUCGAUAGCCCAGUCACCUCCGGUAAGCUCUAUGACAGGAGAGAAUUGUGGAGAGUUAGUCCACCGUCUACGUAUUGUCUCAAAAUCGAAUCUUUCACAAAACUCGCCACUUCUCCAAAUGUCGAAAAGUAUGAAUCCCGUCCUUUCCAAUCCGGUGGAUACAAUUGGACAUUUAUUGUCUAUCCUAAAGGAAACGUUAAGGAUGGUGCUCCAGCUGGUUAUGUUUCGAUGUACGUCCAAAUAGACAAUUCAACACUCCUUAACUCUCCCAAAGAAGUUUACGCAGAAGUCAAAUUCUUCAUUUAUAACCGAAAACAGGACAAGUACUUCACAUAUCAAGAGACGGAUGCAAAGCGCUUUUUUCUGUUCAACCCAUCUUGGGGAUACGGUAACGUUAGACCCUACGUUGACGUGGCCAAUCCCGCUGCUGGUUGGCUUUUUGACGGUGACAGUGUUGUAUUCGGUGUCGACGUAUUUGUCACUGAAGUUUUUAACAAAUGGGAAGUGUUCUCCUUCACUAACAAUUUGCAUAACCGCCUUCUUGAAUGGACGAUACCCAACUUCUCCUCACGAGAGCAAUAUCUCUAUGUAUCUGACAUGUUCAUGAUCGGAGGAAGAAGCUGGGCUUUAACAGUAUAUCCAAGUGGCGAUGGGGAAGGACAGGGUAACUCAUUGUCGUUAUAUGUUUAUGCGGUUGGUGUUAAGCGGUAUGAAAAGAUUUACCUAAAAGCAGGCCCGGCUCAAGUUGUUGUUGGACAUGGUGCAAAAAAAAGAAAAGAAUUGAUGUUUUUAAGGUGUUAAUUGUAGAUUUCAUAAAUUUAGAAUCAUUUUUAUCAAAAAUAUUAAACUUUGAGGGCUCAAAGCCUUCUAAUUUUUUUUUUAUAAAUGAAACCUGGUGCAAAAGCACCGCUUGCACCGCAUCAACGCCGGCACUGCCUAAAAGCUAAGCUACGAAUUAUAGAUCAGAAAGGUUCAAAAGAUGUGGAGAAGAAAGUUGAAAGCUGGUCGGAUCAAGCAAACAGUUGGGGAUUCCAGAAGUUUGUACCGUUUGCUGAUCUUAAGAAUACUUCUAAAGGUCUUCUCGUGAAUGAUACAUUGAAGAUAGAGGUUGAAUUUGAAGAGUUCUCUAACACCAAAUACUUCCCAAGUUAUGGUUUGCCUUUUGCGACCGAUUAGCCGAGCCGGAUAGCCUCAAACAAGACAAGAUAACCGGAUAGACACUCUUUGCAGUUUUUUUGCCAAGUGUUUUUGUGUUAAUAAUUGGAGGAUUGGUCUUCCUAAGGUAGGAGCCUAUCUACCACUUUUCCCUCAUGCUCUUUGUGUACUUGUUUCCUAUUUAAAUAAAUGAAAACUAAGAAUAAAAGCAGUAUUUAUCUGCUAAUUA